GGAAACAACGCUUGAGAGAUCUGCGGCGUCAUCGCCGAGAUUCAUCCAACGUCCAUCCAUUCACCAUUUCACACGCAUUGCAUCGGGAAGCAUACUGGAGUUUUCCUUCUUGUAUAUUACUGUAAGGACAUGAAUUGAUCGUCCACUGUCAACUUCCUGUUCAUAAUGGCAGCUCGCCGCUCCUCAUAAAAAUACAACCACUCUUUUCUAGCUUCAAUGAGCCUCGCAAAGGUCAAAGAUAUAACAAGGUGCCGGAGGGUGCUCUUAUCAGUCUCAAGAAAUUGUCGGAGGAGUUAUGCGACCGCAAGAGAUGGCAUUUCAACAAGGCCCUCGGAGGCUGAGAUAGACUCCGCCAGAGCAUAUUGCUCAACUCUAAUACGCAAAUUUGACUCGCCCUCAUUCAUUCUCCAAACCUUCGUCCCGCCGUCCUCCCGCGACGCCUACCUCGCCAUUCGAGCUUUCAACAUCGAUGUCGCCCGCGUAGCCGACACCACGAGUACCCCCACAGUUGGCAUGAUGCGCAUGCAAUUCUGGCGGGAUGCUGUGUCCAAGGCACUCGCAGGCUCUCCGCCAAAGGAACCAGCCGCCGUUCUUCUAGCAAAAGCGGCGGAGGACCUGCAUAACCGGACGGAUGGGAAGAGCCGCUUUAGCAAAAAUUGGUUCUUCCGUGUCAUCAACAGGCGCGAGCAGUACCUCACCAAUCCGCCAUACCCAGAUCUUGCAUCGCUGGAAAGCUACGCUGAGAAUACGUACUCCACGCUGCUGUACCUGACACUCUCGUCCCUGCCCCUGGCUUCUGUCACAGCCGACCAUCUGGCGUCACAUAUUGGGAAGGCUACAGGUAUUGCGGCGAUCCUCCGAGGGCUUCCGCUCGUUGCUUUCCCGCCACCUCCCACCCAUGGCACUAGCAACUCCUCGGUAGGCUCCUCAAUCGGAAGCUCUCGACAGGGCUCCGUACUACUCCCGCUAGACGUCAUGGCCGAAUCCGGAGUAAAAGAAGAAGAUGUUCUCCGCCUGGGCUCUUCUGCUGAAGGCCUACGAGACGCCGUCUUCACCGUCGCGACACGCGCAAACGACCAUCUCAUCACAGCCCGGGAAAUGCUCUCAAAUUUACGGUCUGGGAGUGACAUCGGGCACAACUUCGAACACCAAGAUAACGAAGAAAGGCAGUACAGCUCGCAACAGCUCAACGCAGGCUCGAAAAUGCAGUCGGAUGACGUGGAGCGUGCGUUUGGGGUUCUGAUGCCCGCGGUGGCUACGCAGGCGUGGUUGGACAGGUUACAGAAGGUUGAUUUUGAUGUGUUUUCGCCGACGCUACGGACGACGGACUGGAGGUUGCCGUGGAAGGCGUAUUGGGCGUUUAGUCGGCGGAAACUGUAAAACAUGAUUGUCAAAGAAUGUAAGUAAAUGGAAUGUAUGAGACUUGAUGGUUUCUUCAAUUUUUUUUUUCUUACGAGCUCUUCAGUCAUCGGUUGGUGUGCCGGUGGUAGCUUUUCACUCCUGUAAUCUUUUACCCUCGCUCGUGAGCACAUGGCGACUUAGCUCUAGCGACACUAUACCUCGCUAGUGGGUGCACGGGACAACUCCCUAGAGUGGCCGGCUGACAUGUGAAUUUAACAUCACUAAGGGUAUGUAGGUCUAUUUAUUUUCUUAGGCCUCCAAUCUUGGGUGUGGUCUACCUGUGCUGCUCUCGUACGCCGCUUUAACCCAUGAUUACAGACCAAAAAACCCACACAAAUCUCUCAGCUGCU